AUGGGAAGGAAACUCCGCAUCCUCGGCCUUCAUGGCUACGGAACAAGUGGAGUUAUUUUCUCAUCGCAAACCACAUCCUUCCGUCGCUACCUCCAACAACAACACGACCAAACCGGCAAUGGCGACACAUUCGACUUCGAGUUCGCCAACGGCUUCCUCGACUCGGGCCCAGCAGCCGGCAUAGAACUUUUCUACAACCCUCCGUAUUACUCCUGGUGGCCUGCCGACCCAUCCUUAGAAGACAUGCACAAAGCCCGCGAACGACUAAAACAGCACAUCAAACAAAACGGGCCUUAUGACGGCGUGAUUAUGUUUUCUCAAGGUUGCUCGUUGGGCGCAAGUCUGUUGUUAGAACAUUACAAAAAUUCACCCCAGAAUCCGCCGCCGUUCCAGUUUGCGAUUUUCAUCUGUGGUGGACCAUCGCUGAAGCAGUUGGAGGCUGAGUUUGGGUUUACGAUCGAUCCGGAGCUGUGGGAAGUCGAUGCUGCGUCGCGCCGGGCUCUGGCGCGGAGGGCUGAUACGGCCGCUAUUCUUGCACAGGGCUCGGAUCGAUGGUCGAACGAUGUUAACGAUAUCACGGAUUACUCGAUUAAAGAGCUAGUGCAGAUGGUUCGAGGACCGUAUCAAAUCAAGAUCCCCACGGUGCAUAUUGUGGGUAGCAAAGAUCCCAGAAACUUGUCGGGUCAUCAGUUGCAUGCUCUCAGUCAUCCAGAUAUCACGAGGAUUUAUGAGCAUGACGGCGGUCAUGAUAUUCCGAGGAAUGAGGCGACGAGUACCACGAUCGCGAGGCUGGUCAGAUGGGUGUCUUCUUCGAUUACAGCAGAGAAGGCGAAGCAGAUUAUAUAG